AUGCGCUCGGCUGGCUUGGCUAGCUCCCAGGUCAGAGCCAGCGUCGUGUCGUCGGAGCAGUUGAGUAGGGCAAGUUCCGACGUCACGCCUUCUCCCAGAUCGGUUCCGAUGAAGGCUAGGGCUGGUGGACAAGCAUCUCUUUCUCUUCAGACCGUCCCGGAACUCCACCCGCCGGUCGUCGCCGACGUCGUCCCGGACGGAAGUGAAUGUCAAGCGAGCAAAGCAAAAUCAGGAUCAGGGCAGCCGGCUUUCUUAUGGGGCACGAAGGUAGACGCAACGACGGCGAUCCUGCCUCCGUGGCUCCACCGCCACAAAUGUACAACAUACUGCGGCACCAGUCGUCAAGCAAACGGUGCUUUCAGCCGGCCGAAGUUCACGGAGCUCACCGCGCAAAAUCUCAGGAUCCUGUGUGACGCGCUUGAGCAGCGAGUUCCGCGGCACGCAAACAUCGUUCCCGGUAUAUCCAGUACGGUGCUCCGGUGCAGAUCCGGCGUGACGAGACGGAGGGCGGGGAACAGGCCAAUGACAUGUUUGUUCUUCCAAGGAAGGGACGGUGGCGGCAAGAUGGCGAUUGCUCUAGAGCUCGCGAGGCUUGUGUUUGGCUCCUACGCCGAAUUCACCGCCCUGCAGGGAAACACCGACAUCCCUGCGCGCACCGGCAAACUCACCAUCAAGAGGAAGCGAUCACCGGACAACGGCGGCGACAUUGGAGCGAGGCUGCUCGAAGCGAUCGAGGAGAACCCUCACCGCGUAAUACUGAUCGACGGUGUCGACCGACUGGAUCGCAAUUCAGAAAUACUCAUCAAGAAUGCGAUAGCGGGCGGAAGAAUGGUGGGGGGAUGCAACGGCGACGUGGUUGGUCCGCAGGAUGCCAUUGUGGUGUUGACCUCUGACCUGUGUGACUCGACGUAUGUGGCUUCCGCUUCCUCCCCACAGGUGAAGCGACGACAGAACAACGAGGACGAAGAUGAUGUCACAGACAUGGAAGUGAGACCACGUCAUCGUCUCUGUUGGGAUCUGAACGUUUGCGUCGUGGAUGGGGAAGAGGAGGAAGACAAUUUGGCUGACGAUGAGGGGUUCCUGAAUGUUGUGGAUGGUGUUUUCCUUUUCAAUUAG